AAUCAAUUUUCAUUAAAAUUAUUACUUAGAAUCAAAUGCUUUAUUUUAACCCGAGAUAUUUAAGAAAUCUUUCAGGAUACCAUCAUGAAUUCGAUCAACGACCAAUGCAAGGGGUUCCUCCUCGAGGUCACGCUUUUCGGAUUUAGCGGCCCACAAAUUGCGGCCUUUUGACACACAUUUUCGAAACGCUAUUUCCCCACCGUGCGUUUACCGUUAGCUAGGCUAUGCGUCCUCCUCCGAGACGAGCAAACGUGGACACAAUGUGUAUUCUACUAUAUCAGGAUGUCACAAUGUAGAAAGGGGGUUGUGCAGCCCCUUCUUUCGACGUUAUUACGGAAGGGUUGGCCUGCUCCUGCAUCUGCACCCUGUAUCCACCCACGCGGCCACUGGCUAUUGGCCAUAUGACAUGCUGACCAACAUCCCGAUGUUUUCAAAAGACCGACUCUCAACCUUGCCUCGCUUGGACCAAUCUCUAAGAAAAUAUAUUCUUCUGUUCACCUUGUCGAUGCGUCCAAGUGGUGGGCGUUGCGCGGUUAUGAAUUGCGGUAGGAGCAGAUGCAAAUACGUGAAUCUAUUCAUCUGUCGUCAGAUGACGACCACGGGAAAAAUCGCAAAUAACGGGUUGGCCCUGCACCAUAGAAAUGUGGGUUAUGUGGCUAAAGGAGCAAAAAUUUGUAUACUAGAAAGAAGGCGAUAUUGGAAAAUGGAAUCUUUCUCCAUGCCGUCAAUGAACAACAUAAAAACGGAAUUUAAUUCUCAAGAAUUGAAUACUGAAGCAUUUUUCGCCGAUGCAAUUCUGGAUCUUUCUUUCAAGAAACGAAGAACUUCGACUUCCAGCCAACCAAAUUCAUUAGAUUCAUAUUUAAAUUCAUCCGCGAGUAGUACGAAACAUGAUCAAACUAAUCAUGUUUCAGAAUCCGAAACCGAAAGAAAUAGUCCUUUUGAAGUUCGAACAUUCAUGAUAACACCACCUUCAGAAUCUAAUUCUCCGAUAAAAAUCAAAUAUGAACCAUUUUACGAUCAUACAGAUAUGUCAGAGAAUAAUAUCAAAAGUCAACACAGUGAUUUCUCCAAUUUGCCAAUGAAUAUUCCAAUUCCAACUAUGUUAUCGACAUUUCUUAAUCAAAACAGUGGCACAGUUAAAUCGACAGACAUAAUUAAUAUUCCUGCUUCAUCGUUAACAACUUCGAUGACUUGUUCCAAUGAAAUUGGAUUAUCCAAUACAUCUACAGAUAAAGAAAGCAAAAAAGCAGCAAGACCAUUUAAAGCUUAUCCAAAAGAUCCGUUGUCACUCACUGUAGGAGCAGUGGAAAUGAUAUAUGAUCAAAAUUCUAAUGAGGCUUAUUCCGAAUUUCGGAAACGAAUGUUAGAAUCGGUUAAAAAAUCAAACGAAGGAACUAAUGUGAAAAUGCGAAGAGUUACAAAAAGUCCUGGAUUACCAACGAGUACGGUUGAUGAAAAAGAUGCAGCUUACUGGGAAAGAAGAAGAAGAAAUAACGAGGCAGCGAAACGCUCCAGGGACGCUCGAAGAGCAAAAGAAGACGAAAUUGCUAUCAGAGCAGCUUUCUUAGAACAAGAAAAUAUUAAACUUAAAUAUGAACUUGUUGCUCUUAGGAACGAAACAGCUAAACUUAGAUGUAUGGUUUAUUCAACGUAAGUUUAAGAUAUACUUUAUAUAAAUUUAAUUAUAUAGUU